GUUUCGGCGAUUGCAUUUUCAGGUAAGAAAAAAAAAUCAUCCAAGAAGAAGAGCAGUAGUGCUUUUGAAAUCUUGACUGAUGGGACAGAGCCACAAAGUGAAGUUACAGAUAUGGUUGAAUCUGAACAACCAAGUUUAGGAACUAGAAAUGUCGAAGCUGAUGAUUCUAAAACAAACAACAAGAGUGAAGAGAUUACAGAAACUUCAAAGAAUAAGAAGAAGAAGAAGAAGAAUAAGAGUGGAAGGACUGUGCAAGAGGAGGAUGACUUGGAUAAAAUUCUUGCAGAACUUGGUGAGGGGCCUACUGAAUUGAAACCCGCCGCACCUCCUCCCCCAGAGGAGAAUGUUCACGUUCAGCCUGAAACCGUUAUUCCUGCCGAUGCCAGAGGUGAGAAGGAAGGUGAGGAAGAAGGUGUGGAGACUGCAGCAGCAAAGAAGAAGAAAAAGAAGAAGGAAAAGGAAAAGGAAAAGAAGGCAGCAGCUGCUGCUGCUGCUACAGCAGCAGCUACAGCUUCAGCAGAUGUUAAGGAAGAAAGUCAAGAGGAAAUGAAAAUUGAGACCUCUGAUACCAAAAAGAAAGAUUCUAAGAGUAAAGCUGCUGACAAGAAACUGCCAAAGCACGUUAGGGAGAUGCAAGAGGCACUUGCUAGGAGAAAAGAAGCAGAAGAGAGGAAGAAAAAGGAAGAAGAGGAGAGGUUGAGGAAGGAAGAGGAAGAGCGACGUCGGCAAGAAGAGCUAGAGCGGCAAGCAGAAGAGGCUAGGCGUAGGAAAAAAGAAAGGGAAAAGGAGAAGCUCUUAAAGAAGAAGCAGGAAGGUAAACUAUUAACUGGGAAGCAAAAGGAAGAAGCCCGUCGCCUUGAGGCCAUGAGGAAUCAGAUAUUGGGCAAUAAAGGAGGCUUGCCUCUGCCUAGUGCAGACAAAGAUAGUGCACCUACAAAACGACCUAUAUAUCAAUCAAAGAGGUCUAAGACAGCUCAUCAUCAUGCAAAUGGUCCUGCCUUUAGUAAGCCUGAGGAAAAGGUACAAGCAAAGGAAAAACAGCAAGAAGAGCAGGAGACCAAGGAUGAGUUGAAUACCCUGGAAGAUGAGAAGGUUGAUGAGGUGGAAUCAAAUAACACAGAAGAGAAAUCUGUAGUUGCAGAUGCUGCUGAAGAGAGUGGAAUGGAAGAAGAGGAUGAUGAUGAUGGUGAAUGGGAUGAAAAAAGCUGGGAUGAUGUUACUCUUAAUGUUAAGGGUGCCUUUGAUGAUGAGGAGGCUGAUUCCGAGCCUAAGCCUAUGGUACUGAAAGAUAUAAAGAGUGCUGCAUCAGCUUCACGCAAUGCAGCCCCUGCUGCAGUCACCAAGCCGACAGUUGAGGCCAAGAAAGCCACUGCUUCCCGAUCAAUUAAAUCUCAAGAUGAUGAAAGUAAGAAAGGACAUCCUGACGUUGAAGCUCAAGACAAAAAUAUGAAAAAAAAUACUGGUGUGAAAAAUAAAGCACCCAGAUUAGAUGCUCCUUCUAAACAGACUGAAGAAAACCUCCGUUCCCCAAUUUGCUGCAUUAUGGGCCAUGUUGACACUGGUAAAACAAAGCUUCUGGAUUGCAUCCGAGGCACUAAUGUUCAGGAAGGUGAGGCUGGUGGUAUUACUCAACAGAUUGGCGCCACAUAUUUUCCUGCUGAGAACAUACGGGAGAGAACCAGGGAAUUGAAAGCUGAUGCCAAAUUGAAGGUUGCAGGCCUGUUGGUUAUUGAUACCCCUGGUCAUGAAUCUUUUACAAAUCUUCGGUCAAGGGGAUCAGGUUUAUGUGAUAUUGCCAUUUUGGUUGUUGACAUUAUGCAUGGAUUAGAGCCACAGACGAUAGAAUCACUCAAUCUUUUGAAAAUGAGGAACACUGAGUUUAUCGUUGCAUUGAAUAAGGUGGACAGACUUUAUGGCUGGAAAGUUCUACGCAAUGCACCAAUUUUGAAGUCACUUAAGCAACAAUCUAAAGAUGUGCAAAAUGAAUUCAAUAUGAGACUUACACAUAUUAUAACUCAGUUCAAGGAGCAAGGAUUGAAUACUGAAUUGUACUAUAAAAAUCGGGAAAUGGGUGAAACUUUCAGCAUUGUUCCUACAAGUGCAAUCACUGGAGAAGGCAUCCCGGAUUUGUUAUUAUUACUGGUCCAAUGGGCACAGAAAACAAUGGUUGAAAAACUUACAUUCAAUGAUGAAGUGCAGUGUACUGUCUUGGAGGUGAAGGUUAUUGAAGGCCUUGGGACAACUAUCGACGUUGUGUUGGUUAAUGGUAUUCUUCAUGAAGGAGAUCAAAUUGUUGUUUGUGGCUUGCAGGGGCCUAUUGUUACCACUGUAAGAGCAUUAUUGACACCCCACCCAAUGAAGGAACUCCGAGUCAAGGGAACAUACAUGCAGCACAAGGAGAUCAAGGCAGCAAUGGGUAUCAAGAUCGCUGCACAGAACCUUGAGCAUGCUAUUGCCGGCACUGGUCUCUAUGUUGUAGGGCCUGAUGAUGAUUUGGAAGAUGUCAAAGAAGCAGUAAGGGAGGAUAUGCAGUCAGUCAUGAAUAGGAUUGACAAAAGCGGGGAAGGGGUUUAUGUACAAGCAUCCACCCUUGGCUCUUUGGAAGCAUUGCUGGAAUUUCUGAAAACUCCAGAAGUAAAUAUUCCUGUUAGUGGUAUAGGCAUAGGCCCUGUACACAAAAAAGAUGUAAUGAAGGCCAGUGUAAUGCUUGAGAAGAAAAACGAGUAUGCUACCAUAUUGGCUUUUGAUGUCAAGGUGACACCAGAGGCUCGAGAACUAGCAGAUGAACUGGGUGUGAGGAUUUUCAUUGCUGAUAUUAUUUAUCACUUAUUUGACCAAUUCAAAGCAUAUAUUGAUGGUCUGAAAGAGGAGAGGAAGAAGGAAGCAGCAGAUGAAGCAGUCUUCCCUUGUGUUCUGAAGAUUUUACCUAACUGCAUUUUCAACAAGAAGGAUCCCAUUGUCUUGGGGGUUGAUAUCCUGGAAGGCAUUGCAAGGGUUGGCACUCCAAUUUGUAUUCCUCAAAGGGAAUUCAUUGACAUUGGCCGAAUUGCUUCAAUUGAAAAUAACCAUAGACCUGUUGAAGUUGCCAAGAAAGGCCAGAAGGUGGCCAUUAAGAUUGUUGGAUCCAGUCCUGAGGAGCAGCAGAAAAUGUAUGGGAGGCAUUUUGAGCUUGAGGAUGAGCUUGUUAGUCACAUUUCGAGGAGGUCAAUUGAUGUUCUCAAAGCUAAUUAUAGGGAUGAUCUGACCCUUGAGGAGUGGAAGUUGGUUCAGAGACUGAAGAUUCUUUUCAAAAUACCAUGAGCAUGAUAUGAAUCGACUUUGAGCAGUUGCCUUCUAAGCAGUACUUCCAAGGGGUGGUCGGUUGUAAAUUUCUGAGAUUUGGCUUGAGAGGAUAAGUUUAAUAUCGAAAUACCAUGCCAAUCAAAUUUUAAGGUCGAUUUUUCACUCUGGGGGGAUUCUCACGUAAAGUUUUGAACGAGGAGUCGCUUCAUUAAGUGCACUGCUGUGAAUGGUCACUGUCCCUGGUAAACUGUUACUGCGGUGGUGUACGAGUGUUGUAUCUUCCAGCACUCAAUGGUUCAAAGCAGAGGGUAAAAUGUGUUGAAGUGUCCACAACUUACCUGCUGCUUUCUUUGUUAAAAGAAAUUUUGUCUGAUACCAAUGAGAUGAGAAAUAAGGCAAACAAACAUUCAUUUGUUGUAGUUGUUUUCAGUCACAGCAUAUAAAAUGAUUGCAUCAGAAAUUUAUACCCUCUUCUUCUAA